CCACACUACCAAUGAGGAUUAUUUGACCACAAGAAUCAUAAAUACUGUGUGUCUCAAGCAUCUCUCUACCAUGUUAUCGGUUUUGUAUGUCCUGUUAUUGGUGAUCAUAAGCUUUGGUGUCUUCUUUGCAACGUGCUUAGUAAUUAAAGCAGCUUUGCGACUGUGGACGUGUACUCGGUCCAGGCGACAUCCACGUGACGAAGAAAUCCCUGAGCUGUAUGACGAGCGGACGUCCCUCAUCCCGCCUGCCUCUCCCACCAUCACCCUGGCGUCUGAAACGGACCCCCGACGUGGCUCCUCCUCCGCCUCCUCCACCUCGUCCUCGUACCACACCUUCACCAGGAGCCAAGAACAGACAAUCGUCGACGCCCUCUGCAGCGUCCAGGGCAUCCCCCUCCCAAUCAGUCCUCUUCCUCCGUCACCUAAAUGCGAGGAGGAUAAUGCGUCCUCGAAGUGGAGUUUCUGCGACUCCGCGAACUCGGACACGGAAGUGGAAUUCUACUCUCAUCCGGGAUCGUACAAGGAGCUCUCCACGUCGUCGGUAGAGAGGAGUAUGUGCUCCACGAUGGAGAUGUCCUUGAAAUCGGCGCUGGAUUCGUAGUUUCUGUUUUCCUUCCCUUUGUUGUUCUUUUUUCUUGAUUUUGUUAGUUCAAUAAAGAUUGUCUAUGGUAA